AUGCAUUCACAUCAUUCACACUCUGGUGACUAUGUUGCCCAUGGAGUUGACCCCUUAGAUGCAAUGGUUGCUCAGGCCCGGAAAAUGAAUUUCGUUACAUAUUGUCUGACUGAACAUAUGCCCCGAAUUGACCCCAAUUAUAUCUAUCCGGAAGAGAGGGAGAUAGGUGGUGGGGAUGAUGAUCAAGUUCUUGAAACACUGAGUAGCAAUUUUGAAAAAUUCUUGAAACAUGCUCAGAAGAUUAAGAAUGACUCAAUUGAAGGUGAAACAGAAAUCAUCAUUGGAACGGAGAUCGAAGGAUGUGAUGUGUCACAUAUUAACUAUGCAAAGAAGCUUCUAGAGGAGAAAAAAGAUGUGAUCAAGUUUUGUGUGGGGUCGGUUCAUCACAUUUAUGGCAUUCCAAUAGAUUUUGACCAAGAAAAUUGGAACACUGCUCUAAAAAAAGCAGGAAAUAACCUUAAACAACUGAUAAUUGAUUAUUUCGAAUUACAAUACAAACAAUUAACAAGCUUGCAACCAUUAGUUGUGGGACAUUUUGAUUUAUUCAAACUAUACCUACCCAAGGAUUUGAAAAUUAACCCUCUAACAGGUCAAGUCUCUGAUGAUGAAUCAUCAGUUUUGGCUUCCUCCAUUUCUCUAAUAAACCAAUGGGAUGAGUUGAGAGAUAUUGUAAUACGUAAUCUCAAAUAUAUUAGACAAUACGGUGGCCUUAUAGAAAUCAACACAUCGGCCUUGCGUAAGAAAUUACCCGAACCCUACCCUGGUGAAGACCUUUGCGAACUGGUGAAAGAAUAUUGUGACGGAAGAUUUGUUUUAAGUGAUGAUGCUCAUGCAACUUCACAAGUCGGUGUCUGUUAUGCGGAAGCACUAAACUUCAUAAUAAAUGUUAUUAAACUUGAUCGGAUAUAUUACUUGACGGAAUAUAAAAAUCUGUCCAUCAAAGUAGAACAAAUGGAUAUAAACAAGUUCAAGAAUCAUAAAUUUUGGAAAGCAUUGCAAUGA